UCACGUCGCAAACGUCGGUCAUGGUUCCUUUUACGAACCCGGCAGAGGCGGUGGCGCCGCCGAUAUGGCUUUUAGAUAGCGGACAGGUGCCAGCUAAUCAGCAUGCGUCCUGCAAGCCACAUAACGGUAGGCCUACCACAACUCUAUCGCCUCAUCUUUUCAACCUGCAGGCCUUGGCCCUUGACGUAAAUAAGGGACAGUGACACGGUUGGAGGUGCAGUUCGUUUUUUGUACAACCUCUGCGAACUCGGCCGUCGCAUUCGCGAAACUCGAGACAUUUCACUUUCUGUUUUUCUCUUCUUUCGCAAGACGCACUUCUCUCGCAAUUUGUAACAGAGAGAACCACGACAUCAACAAUCAUGGAGGACGCUAAAGAGGUCAUCCCCGGUUCCGCAUACCAUUCGUCACCGGCCGACUCCUCGACGGAAGUUGGCCAGAACUACGACCACCCCAGAUCAUGGUCUACUCGCAUGUUCGACAGCUUCAAGCGCGACCCAAACGCACAUGCGACACCUCCAGGAACAGUUGGCGCAGAUGGAAAAGUGUUCGACGUUGAGACUGCAAAUGCAGCAACUGCCGACUCGGGGUUGGCUAGACAUUUGAAGGGUCGUCACUUGCAGAUGAUCGCCAUUGGUGGUUCAAUUGGUACUGGUCUCUUCGUCGGAUCUGGUUCAGCUCUUGCGAAUGGAGGUCCUGCCUCUCUGCUCAUCGCCUAUGGCAUCAUUGGUAUCAUGCUUUACUGUACUGUUCAUGCUCUUGGUGAGAUGGCAGUCCUCUUCCCCGUCGCUGGUUCUUUCUCUGCAUACUCGACCCGUUUCCUCGACCCUGCUUGGGGCUUCGCCAUGGGCUGGAAUUACGCUCUGCAAUGGCUCGUCGUGCUUCCGCUGGAGAUUGUCGCUGCUACACUCACCAUUGAAUUCUGGAACGACUCUAUCAACCCCAACGCUUGGGUCGCCAUCUUCCUGUUUGUUAUCAUUGGCAUCAACCUUUUCGGUGUCAAAGGUUACGGUGAAGCCGAGUUCCUUUUCUCUAUCAUCAAGGUCAUCGCCGUCAUUGGUUUCAUCAUCCUUGGUAUCAUCCUUGAUGUUGGUGGUGGCCCUGACGGCGAUUACAUUGGUGGUCGUAACUGGCGUGACCCUGGAGCUUUCAACCACGGUUUCAAAGGUCUCUGCAGUGUGUUCGUUACUGCUGCCUUUGCCUUUGCCGGAACUGAGCUCGUCGGUCUUGCUGCCGCCGAAACAGAGAACCCUCGCAAGUCGCUGCCUACUGCCGUCAAGCAGGUCUUCUGGAGAAUCUUCCUCUUCUAUCUGGUCUCGCUUACCCUCGUCGGCCUUCUUGUUCCUUCCUCCGAUCCACGUCUGAUCAAUGGCUCCAGUAGUGCUGAUGCCAAGGCCAGUCCCUUCGUUAUUGCCAUCAAGAAUGCGGGGAUUGACGGGUUGCCAAGUGUGAUGAACGCUGUGAUUCUGAUUGCUGUUCUGUCUGUCGGAAACUCCUCGAUUUACGGUUCCUCGCGUACUCUUGCCGCACUCGCCGACCAAGGUCAGGCCCCCAAGAUUCUCGGAUACAUUGACCGUAAGGGUCGUCCCAUCGCUUCUAUUGGCAUUGCUUCUGUUCUCGGACUUCUCGCUUUCCUUGCCGGAUCCAGCAAGCAGACCGACGCUUUCAACUGGAUGCUGGCCCUUUCUGGUCUCAGUUCCAUCUUCACAUGGGGCAGCAUCUGCCUCGCCCACAUCCGAUUCCGCAAGGGAUGGAAGGCUCAGGGCCACACUCUCGAUGAGCUGGCCUUCAAGUCUCAGGCCGGCAUUAUCGGCUCCUGGGUUGGUUUCCUCCUCAACUGUCUCGUCUUGAUUGCACAAUUCUGGACCGGAUGCUUCCCCAUCGGAUAUGCUGAUAUGACUCCUGGCGAGCAGGUCGAGAGCUUCUUCGAAGUCUACCUUGCCGCCCCUGUGGUCAUUCUGUUCUACGUCGUCUACAAGUUCUGGAAGCGCACACCCUUCAUCCGCAGCCACAACAUGGACUUGCACACUGGUAUCCGCGAGCUCAACAUUGCCGAGCUCAUCGCCGAGGAGAGAGCUGAGCAGGCUCAGUGGCCAGCAUGGAAGAAGGCUUACAAAUUCUUCUGUUAAGCGAUAUCUUCGAUUCUGCUUUCCCUUGCAUUUUCUUGUACAUAUACCGUUCGUUUUUCUGUCGUGAUGGGCAAAUGAUGCUCUAUCUUCCGGUUUGGCUGGGGGUGGGGAGAAAAAAAUGCAUAAGCGAUACAGGUCUUUUUCUAAUGUUCCCUAGCUAUCACGCUCGCUGUAUAAGAUAUAAUUAGACACAGGAAUUGAUGACUUUUACACACAAA